AUGAGCGCGGCGGCGGGCGGGCUGCGGCAGCUGCUGACGGCGGCGGUGACGGCGGGGGCAGCGGAGGCGCGCGCCGCGGUGUUCGGCCACGCGGUCAACCCUUCCGGAAAGCGCGCGGCGACAAAGCUGCUGCGGAAGAAGUUCAUCGGCGAGCAGCUCGCGCAGUGGUACCCCUACGACAUCAAGCGGGACGACCCCAUCGUCAUGGCGCGCGAGGAGAAAGAGCGUCUUACCAAGCUUGAAAUGCUGAAGCGUCGUGGGAAGGGUCCGCCGAAGAAGGGCCAGGGAAGGCGUGCGGUCAAGAGAACCAAGUAGUUGCCUUGCUUCGGAUUCAUUUUACUACUUAAUGCUGAAAUAUUCUGCUUGCUACCAAGUGACAUUCUGUAUUAGGUCAAUCAUUUUGCUACUGAUUUGGCAAUGAGUUUGUUUCCUCUCGCCUGUAAACUGGUUUAUUUAUGCUGGUACUUGGAAUGCACGCAUCAACUUCUAUGAUGAUAAAAUACAGGUUUAGUUUC